AUGAACAUCUUCAAGAAGAAGGCGACAAGUCGUCCGACAUCCCCUUCACUUCCUCCGCACCAAAAGUUUAAGCGGUCUUCUUGUGGUAUUGCCAGCACCAAAAGUUCCGAUAUACCUUUUGAGACUAUCGCUCUCUAUUUCACAAAUGUUACAGACGCAACUCGUCUGAUGAAAGUGAACCGCAGCGUCCGCGCGUGUUAUUAUAUAAUGAAGAAGAAUCCGUACUAUUGUCAAUCGACAGACUCUUCGUACAACAAAGAAACUAUCUUUCAAAAGGAAUUGUUGUUAUUCCCAAAUAUAGAAAUACUGAGGUGUGACGUGGAUGUGGUCAAAAAGCUCGACGCCCGUUUAAUAAGGAAAGUGACGACUAUUGAGUUAGUCGGGAAAUUCAUAUAUGCGCCGCCGGGCAUCUUCCAGAAGAUUCAGAACAGCAUCUCGAGUUUUGGAUUCUACUUAGACGAGAAUCUGAACUUCACAUUUGACACCAUGCACUUCUUACAAACACUUCAUAUAGACGUGAAUAACAACACUGAAAUGAUUUACUUCAACAAAUUCAUGUUCUCGACUAUUCAGAGUAUACAACAACUCCCGUGCUUCCAGCGAAUAUUUAUCGAGUGUAAUGGAGAUGACUUGUUUAAACUCCAAGAGAUUUUAACGAAGUUUUACUCGACACGAAUUACUUGUGUGUUGUAUGUACAUAACUUAAGAGAGAACCAUAUCAAUAAUAUAUCGGAACUAUUGAAGAAGAAAAAUGUGGUUAUUGCGAUAUACGAGAAUGAGUUGUCUGCUUCCUUUGACUUGCCGGAGUUGAAACUCUUGUUUUUGAAUAACAACAAACUGGCGUUUGUCGACUCGAUGCUCUUUUCGGAUAAACUGAAGGAAUUGUGUGUGUCCCACUACGUCCCACGACUUGACAUCUGCGGAUUUAAAGUGGGGCUGAACCCCAAAAUUCCGGAAAUUGAUUUUUCGCAGUUAAAUUCACUUCAAGAAUUCAGACUGAUCAAUUCAUUCUUCGAAAAGCCAUUUUCUUUCAUCUUUCCAACAAGUCUGACGAGGCUUGAAAUAACAACGUCGGCCUAUUUUGGGCUACCAAAUCUGCCAGAAAUUCCUCUACAAGAAUUUUGUGUGUAUUACUGCGACUCCGUUCGAAGCUUUUAUGUUCCUCCAACGGCAAAACUUGUGGAAAUAAGCCACUGCAAUGCGGUGACGGGUAUUCCAAAUUUGGAGGAGGUUCCGUUGGAACAACUUGUGAUCAUCGAGUGUCCACGAAUCACUACACUGAAGUCGUCGAACAAACUGAAAACCCUCAAAUUGUAUUGGUGCGACAAACUGCAGAAUUUGAGUCUUGCGAAUGGGUUGGAACAGUUGGACAUCUUUUAUAACAAAGGACUCAAGAAUUUAAGACUCCCCACGACCCUCAAAAUUUUGGAUCUUAAUUUCUGUAAUAAUCUCACACAACUGGAUAAUGUGCAGGAAGUGAGGAACAUAAUACCAGUCGAACUCAGACACAAAUUUCUCAAAUAA